UAAGGAUCCAAAAUUAAGGCUUAGCGUUGAAGUACUUUGAGGUGGAGUCCUCCUUCCCUUUAUAACUCCUCCAAAUUCCAUCGUCUCCUUCAUCUCUAUCGUAAACUUCAAACCAAUUCCAGAGCUAUGGUUGAUUCUAGGGUAGAUACAAUUUCAAGAUUAGCUCAAUGGAGGAUCGAUUCUCUCGGCCCUUGCAACUUCAAGAAAUCUGAUCCUUUCAAGCUCGGAAUCUGGAAUUGGCAUUUGUCGGUCGAGAAGAGUCGAUAUCUUCACAUUCGUUUGUUCCCUGAGCCCUCCAAGAUCGCCAAGGAGCAGCCUCCGAUUGCUCGCUUUUAUAUUCGAGUCUCUAGCGUUGGACCCAACCGUAGACCUACUGUUUCUCCCAUUAAUGAAAAACUUCUUCGGACAAGUGAAGACUUUGUUUGGGCUGUUGAUUCCACCUUCCAUGGUCGCUUCAUUGUUGAUGUCGAAUUUCUUGACUUGAGGAUCUGCCCUAUGAAUGGUUUGGAGAGAGGAGAAGCGAGUUCUAUAUGGCCAAUGGAGGGAUUAAUGCAAUCUGUAUCAUCUCAAAGCACUCUUCAAUGCCUCGCUCGCAUGCUAGACGAAGCUAUCCAUGCCGAUGUCACCAUUAAGACAAUCGAUGGCACAUUACAAGCUCAUAAAGCCAUUUUAUCGGUCAGCUCUCCUGUUUUCAAGAGCAUGUUCCAUCACAAUCUCAAAGAAAAAGAGUCUUCCAUCAUCUUCAUUGAAGACAUGACUUUAGAAGCCUGCAUGGCUUUGUUACGUUACUUGUAUGGAACAAUAACUGAAGAACACUUCUGGAAACAUCGACUGUCGCUGCUCCAAGCAGCGAACAAGUAUGGUAUUGUAGACCUAAAAGAUGCAUGUGAGGAGAGCCUUCUAGAAGACAUAAACUCAACCAAUGUCCUUGGGAGACUGCAAGAAGCAUGGCUCUAUCAGCUGCAUAAACUGAAAAAAAGAUGUUUGGCAUACUUAUUCGAUUUUGGUAAGGUUUACGAUAUUAGAGAUGAAUUAAAUGACUUCUUCAGGCAAGCGGAUCGGGAACUGAUGAUGGAGAUGUUCCAAGAAGUGCUUACAGUAUGGAAACCAGUUUAAUAAUAAUGAGUUUUCAUCCUCAUCAUGUGUGAAGCUUUGCGACUUACCUUAUGAUGAAUAUGUAUAUAUAUCUGUAAAGGUUAUUUAGGGACAAUGGAAAGUUUAAUAACAAUGAGUUUUCAUCCAA